UUGACUCAGUGUGUACUAGUUAUCCGGAUGUCGCGAACACGACGAUCGCGGAAUCAAUUAUUCCUCACGUGUCCCGAUGACAACUGAUUCAUUUCACAGAAUAUUGUUCGGUAAUUAAUCUUGCAUAACGAUCCCAACACCCGACCAAACCAAAAAGAACGCCCGAGCGACGCGUUCGCUGGAGAAAGACAGUCUGCUUUGCGACUUUUGGACAGCUCUUCGUCUCGAUUGAUCAGUCCAGGACUUCACUCCUUCGACAACCAUGCAGCUCCUGUGGCUAAUCUGUCACUUAACAGCCGCGGCAGCGGCGCCGGCCACACUGUCGAUCGCAAAAAUCUGGAGGCUGUCGAGUACUAGGAACGACACGGAUGCGCGUCUGAAACACGACUACCGCGAGGAUCGAGAGCAGAGAAUCUGCGAAACGGGUCCGUGCAACCAGAUCGCUAGGAAAAUUCUGGAAAGCAGAGACUCGUCCGCGGAUCCCUGUGAAAAUUUCUAUCAAUACGCCUGCGGUUCAUGGGAGAAGCAUAAUCCUAUACCAGACAACGAGGUCGAAUGGUCUGAAGAUCAGAUCAUCAUGGAAAAUACGUACAAACGCGUCAAAGAUGUCCUCGAGCAACGCGAUAAACCUGCUGACAUUCUGCCUGUGAGAUCGGCCAGGAAACUCUAUCGCUCCUGCAUGAACGUAGAUGCGAUCGAAAGAAAAGGCCUCAAACCGAUUCAAGACAUAUUGGACUCCACUGGUGGGUGGCCAAUAGCAAUGCCAAUUAGAGAGUGGAAUUCUAACAAAAUUUCUUGGCAGAAAAUUGACAAGCAUUACAUACGGUUGAUUGGCAACAGUGCCUUCUACAACAUUGAAUACGAAGCUGAUCAGAAUAACACGAAAAGAUACGUGCUCACAAUAGAUCAGGACACUGAGUAUCCCUUAGCGACUAAGAGAGAUUUGAGUAAAAUAUUCAACGAUAACGACACGUAUGCUCUUGGCUUGUACCGUAUAGCUGAAGCUUUCGCGAAAGGGAAGGGGUACGAUUUACCUCAAACCCAGCUGAUCAAUGACGUCUCAAAAUUGGUGAACUUUGAGAUAGAACUCCUACAAAUCAUCGAAACGGGGAAGGAAGCACACUUGGCUAACGAUAACUAUAAAAAAAUGACAAUCGGGGAACUACAAGAAUGGUACAACAGUCUCGGAUUUAAGGCUGCCACGUCAAAAAUCAACUUCCUGGAAGAGAUACAACACGUGUUCAUGCUGGCUAAUAUCAGUAUAAACGCGUCCGAACCAAUUGUGGUGUACAACCCGGAAUUCCUCCAUAAACUGGCGAGGCUGCUUGGAAACACUUCGCGACGUGUGCUUGUAAAUUAUGUCCAAUGGAACAUGGUGGACAAAUUUCUGCAGUUUACCACGCAAGAGAUGAAGGAUAUCCGGUUCAAUAGUUCCUUUUCGUCGUAUAACAUUUCCAACUAUACGCCUCGAUGGGAAUCUUGCGUGAUCAACAUGAAAAUGAAGGACGCAGUCUCGUACAUGUUCGUCAAAGAGUAUAUUCCCAAUGAUGUUAUCGAGAAGACAAAGGAAAUGGUUAAAAAAAUAAAAGAAGAACUGAGGCACCGCAUAAUGCAUACAUCUUGGGUAUCGAAAGCCAUGAAGGAAACUUUGGCGCACAAAUUGGACAACAUCGAAACCCAGAUCGGAUAUCCUGACUUCUACAAGAACGAUCAAGAUAUGAUUCAAUACUACGAAGGGUUGAAGAUAGGCACUGACUAUUUCCAAAAUAUUUUAAACUGUGAUAAACACGAGCUGGUGGUUAGUCUAAAGAAAUUCCUAGAACCUGUUGCACGAACCCAGUGGUUAGAUUAUCCUAUAACCGUUAACGCAUUUUACACUCAAACGGUUAACGCUAUAUUAAUACCAGCCGCAGAAUUGCAAGAUCCAUAUUUCACGCCACUAUUGCCAGACGCAGUUAAUUAUGGAGGAACUGGUUUUGUAAUCGGACACGAAUUGUCUCAUAGCUUGGAUAACGAAGGAAUUCAAUACGAUACCGACGGCUACAAGACUUCGUGGAUUUCUCAGGACGUAUUGGACGAAUACGAAGAUCGAGCGACCUGUUUCAUAAAUCAAUAUGGUAAUUAUACUCUUGAUUCCAUGGACCAAGAUGGAAACCAUAUUCAGCUGGAUGGUAAUUUAACCAAGGACGAAAACUUGGCAGACUCGGUUGGUUUGCAAGUAGCUUACUCGGCUUACAAAAAACUGACCAAAGGGAAACCUGAAACGAAGCUACCUGGAUUAGAAGACGUUACCAACGACGAGUUGUUCUUCUUAGCUUUCGCAAACUCCUGGUGUUCAUCGAUGAGACCAGAGUACGAAACAGAAAUAGUCAACAAUGACGAGCAUAGUCCAGCAAAGUAUCGCAUAAUAGGCUCACUUUCGAACCUGGCUGCGUUCUCGCAAACCUACAAAUGUCCACGGAACAGCUCCAUGAAUCCACAAAAUAAAUGCAACCCGUGGAAUUAGUUGAAUUGC